CGUCCUCGACGGGAAAUACGCCAGUGAAGUCGUACAUAGAAAACAUAUUUACGCGUUAUCCGUUCUAAAUAAGCGUUUUAUUCAUCUGGUGAUAGUGGACAAAUAUCUUUGUAGGAAAUACGCCAUAUUUUGGUGCCGCUCAGAGCUCAGACAUGGUUCGGGAGCGGGUGGUGCAGAGGAAAUCUUUCCAGCAAAGUCUGGACGACAUCAAGGACAAGAUGAAGGAGAAAAGAAACAAGCGUCUCGCCAGCGCUUUAACUGCGAAUCGCGGCCUGUCAAAGCUGACGAUCAAAAACACGGCUACAAUGCAGCCAUUUGUGCUGAAGAGUGUCCAGGUGAACAACAAAGCUCUUGCAUUAGCCCUGCAGACAGAGAGGGAGAAAGUACAGCAGGCACAGGGAGUCAUUCUGCAGUUAAAAAAAGAGAGACAAGUGCUUAUCUUCCACCUGUUGAUGCUGAAGAGGACACUGAGAGAUCAGGGACCUGUGGAAAGCACUCAGAUUUCUCCUCCUGUGGAGACAAGUCCACCAAGUCCGCCUUGCCCCAUCAGUCCGAGGCCUGUACAUGUUGUAGAGACUCACCCAGCAGAGCCCCUCAAAGAGCCAACAGUUUCUGCAAGCACUGAAUCUGUGUCUGGAUGCCGUGGUGGCAGACAGGUUUCAUUGCCCCCUACUGUAGGAACAAGACGAAAGAGACGCUCUGAGAAAGUGCGGAGACAGAGUUCAUGUUUUGAAUCCGUAGGGAAAUGUGUUACAGAUGUAAUGGAACCCUCUUUCCCUGAGGAAAAAAGAGAAGAGACUGUCAACAAUAGACAAAGAGUGGUGCUUAGCACUGAAUUGGAGGACAUUUGUAACAAAGUGGAUGUUGCUGGACAGAAAACACGGCCGAAUUUGAAUAUGUGUGUUCCUGACAGUCUUAACACAGAGUUAGAGAUUUCUGAGCUUUCAGCUAUCCAGCACUCAACGCCUGAGCCCCCUAAACGGACCACCAGACAACCCAAGAAAAAAACAACCCAAGCAGCCCCUCGGCCCAAACCAGACCGAGGAUGCAAACCAGACCGAGCCCCAAUGAAGAAGCCGUGGGAAAACCCCAAACCGCGAGCUCGCUCGAAAAGCCGAGACCGCUCGCAGAGUCAAGAUCGAGUGGCUGAACUGCCUGCCGAUCGGCUUAACUCCUCGCUGGGUGGCAAUGACACCUUUGACUUUGACUGUGAAGAGGCAGUCCAUCUAACGCCUUUCAAAGCAGGGAACAAAGCUGUGGAGAAACCAUCACACGAUGCUCCGAUUAAAGAGGUCACACCCAAUCCUGGUGCUGUGGAGACCAACAACAGUUCCUCAGAAGACGAGCUGGAUGCAGAUGACAGCCCUUACGUACCAAAAAGGAAAUCCAGGAGAGCUUGUAAUCUGCCACCUAGACGAGCUCGCUCCAAGAGACGGUCUAAUCAAGAGGCCAGAAAGAACAGAGUGAGAGAAAAUACUGCCCUAAAGCAGCACCAUGUUGAAAUGGUGCACACAGAAGAAAAUAAGACUGAAAUAAAAGAUACUGGCCCACAUCUCCCAGAUACUCUUGAUUCAGGCCCUCUGCUUCCAGAGUCACUAGUCUGUGCUACUCCUGAGAAUUUUAGCCACUCAGAGCCAACCCAAGAGAUCUAUCUAGCUCCACCUUCCACAGUGGAAGUAGAGUCUCCCACUCCAGUUACCCCUGGUGGAGAGGUGGAACUUAUGAUGAUUGACUGCCCAAUAUUUGAAUUUCCAAAGUGUCCCAGCAACUCAUCUGAUCAGGAGAAUAAAAUGCCUUUGGUGAUGAAUAGGGGUAGGAGAAUAUGUGGGCUGGUUGUUUGCUCCUUUCUGGGCUUGGGUUUGAGUGAUGUGACAAAUCUGCCCCCUGCAGCCUAUCAGAAGCCCUUGUCUACUCGAGUCACGCCUAAAUCCUCUACUCGCAAGCGGCGCUGUACGAGUACCAUCAACUACAAGGAGCCAUCAAUCAGUUCAAAACUUAGACGUGGUGACAAAUUCACAGACACACGUUUCCUGCGGUCUCCUAUCUUCAAGCAGAAACUGACAUCUCGUCGGAGUUCAAGUCAAAAGAUGGGAAAAUAUAAUGAGUCUUUUGUUGGCUGUCGUUAAUAGCUCAGACUUUGUAAAAUAAUUUCUGGCCAGCUUCAUAGAAUACCAAGUGACGUCUCUUGCGUUGUGUUUUUUUUAAAUGGCUGUUACAUUAUUGUAGUUCUUGUUUCAUCAUGAUUUAAAAUUGUGAAUAUUAUUAAAUUGUCCCAAGAACUCUGAUUUUAGAUUUGAAAAAUAUCAGCACUCUUACUGCAAAUAGGAGCCCAGAUAUUCAAAAGGAAUUGAAAAGCAUUCUGAUUGUACUAUGUACUAUGCAUAUGAUUUUUUUUCCAAUGCAGCAUAGAUUAUAAGAAAAUAAGAAAUGUUAAGUUUUACUGAAAUGUGUCAUUCUCAAUGUUGCUUUUUUAAUGGUCAAACCUUUGAAGACUAGUUCAGAUAAUGUCAUAGAAGUCAACUAAAUGGGGGCAUUUCACAAAAUACCAAUAUGGAAUAUUUGUACUUCAGAAAUUAUAUAUAUUUCAAAUGUAUAACUGAAGGCAAAAGAUGAUUUUUAACAUUAAGAAUUGAUGUUAUGUUAAUGGACAUGCUAUGC